UGUGGAUUUUUAGGAGAAUUCCAGGAAAUAAAGAGGAAAAAACAAACAGCAGAAGGACACGAGAAAACAGGAACACCCGUGGCAUGGGUGUGAUGGAUGAACAGGGGGAGAUGUGAGGGGGAACCAGGACACAGGACGCGUUUUUUUUUACCCCCCCCCCCUCCUCCUCCUCCUGGUCCUCCUCCUGCUGCUGCUGCUUUUCCACAGGAGCAUCCGUGUCUCCAGUGGAUGAUGCUGCGUGGCUCGAACCGCGGCUUUCCACGCAGUCUCACUUCCCACUGCGAUCAUUCCGACGCGUGGAUAGUGAGGAUGAUGAAGAUGAUGAAGAUGAAGAUGUGCGGGAUGCAGAAACACAGUGUGCGCGUGUGAGGAAGCCUUUGCAUCUGCGUGGAUUUUCUGUUUCUGUUGCUUUUUUUUUUUUUUUUUUUUCCUCCAGUGCGCAUUCGGUCUCGUCCGCAUCCGACGCAAAGGAGGAAGAGGAGCGAAAAGACACUGAUCACCUCCUCCUCCUCCUCCUCCUCCUCCUCUCAGAUAAAUUAUUGAGCCGCAGAUCCUCCACAUAUGCCGGUGUCUUUGUCUGACGCUCCCUCCCUCAGUGCUGGAUCCUGACACCGGGCUCUAAGUGGCGGUUUCACGGAUGAAUGGAAGCCGGUGGCCGGGCGCCUCCGACGGGGAUGCAACCUAAAAUAACCCCGGGACCAAACGCAUUCACCCCAUCCCGAGUCACGGAAACCCUGAAUCUGUGACGAGUUCUGCUUCUCCAGAGUCCGUCCCCCCAGCGCCAACACUCGGACCCCGGACGUCGGCGACUUUUUAAUGGCUUUUGUGUUCAGAAGAUGGAGGGUUCUACUGGUGCUGAACGUGCUUGCGGUCGCAGGUUUCAUGACUUUCUGGACCAGGUGCAACACACGCAGCAUCCAAGCGUCCGAUUCGGAGGCUCCGGCCGACGGGAAGAGGCUGAGGGCCAACGGGACGGCUCAGGGGCCCAGCGUCAGCCAUGAGGUUCUGCUGAAGAGGCUCAGCUCGCUGGAGGACGUGGUCUACAGGCAGUUAAAUGGUCUGUCCAAGUCUCUGGGCCUGAUCGAGGGCUUUGGGGGGCGUGGCAAAGGCGGCCUCCCCGCCACGCUGUCGCCGGCCGAGGAGAACGACGCCAAACACCUGAGGGAUAAGUACGGCUACAACGCCUACCUGAGCGACCGGAUCUCCCUGGACCGGACCAUCCCGGACCACCGGCCCAGCAAAUGUAAAAAGGUCAGCUACCCACGAGACCUCCCGCAGAUCUCCCUCAUCUUCAUCUUCGUCAACGAGGCGCUGUCAGUAAUCCUUCGCUCCGUCCACUCAGCUGUCAAUCACACGCCGGCUCACCUGCUCAAAGAAAUCAUCCUGGUGGACGACAACAGCGACGACGAGCAGCUGAAAGGACCGCUGGAGGAAUACGUGAACAAACGCUACCCAGGUCUGGUGAAGAUCGUCAGGAACCAGAAGAGAGAGGGACUCAUUCGAGCCAGAAAUGAGGGAUGGAAGGUGGCGACGGCUGAGGUGACGGGCUUUUUCGACGCCCAUGUGGAGUUCACCCCGUCCUGGGCCGAGCCGGUUCUGGCCCGAAUCAAAGAGGACUACAAGAGGAUCAUCCUGCCCUCCAUCGACAACAUCAAGCACGACACGUUUGAGCUGGAGCGCUACGAGAACUCGGGCCACGGCUACAACUGGGAGCUGUGGUGCAUGUACAUCAGCCCGCCCAAACAAUGGUGGGACGAGGGGGACAUGUCAGCUCCCAUCAGAACUCCUGCCAUGAUCGGCUGCUCCUUCGUGGCCAACAGGGACUACUUUGGCGAGCUCGGCCUGCUGGACUCGGGCAUGGACGUCUACGGAGGCGAGAACAUCGAGCUGGGCAUCAGGGUGUGGCUGUGUGGAGGCAGUAUGGAAGUGCUGCCUUGCUCCAGGGUUGCUCACAUUGCACGGGUAAAGAAACCUUACCACAGUAACAUAGCGUUCCAUACUCGGCGUAACGCUCUGCGGGUGGCUGAAGUCUGGAUGGACGAGUACAAAUCCAACGUCUACCUGGCCUGGAACAUCCCCAUGGAGAAUCACGGUAUUGAUUAUGGAGACGUCUCUGAGAGGGUUGCACUGAGGAGGAGUCUGCAGUGUAAGAGCUUUGAGUGGUACCUCGACAACGUUUACCCGGAGAUGAGGAGGUACACCAACACGCUGUUCUACGGCGAGAUCCGUAACUCCAAAGCGAGCCACCUCUGCAUGGACCAGGGUUUGAAGGAGAACCACACCGCCACCCUCCACCCCUGCCAUGGAUGGGGUCCUCAGUUAGGACGUUAUACCAAAGAGGGUCAGCUGUUCCUGGGGCCCCUGGGCAGCACCGGGGAGGACACCCGCUGUGUGGUGGACGACCAGAUCAGCAGCUUUCCUCAACUCCUCAACUGUGACAAGGUGACCAACCUGAAGCAGAAGGCCUGGCAUUUCUCACAGAAUACAUCGAUCAUAAAUCAAGCGACAGGACGAUGUCUGGAGGUGGUGCCGACUAAAGUAAACUUUGGCCACCAGCUGGUCCUGCAGACCUGUUCUGGGCAGAAAUGGACCUUCAAGAACACCAUGAAGCAGUAGUGGACCGGGUUCACAGGGACUAAAGACUCCUGACCAGGUACGGGUUAGUAUCUGCUCGACAAAACACGGAACUGUCAACAACUCAGUGAUAAAACGAUGUGAAAAAAGAUUGUUUUUUACAAACUGCACAUUAAAAAUGAUGCAAGUUGCGCAUGAGGACUGUUUCGUCGUCUUACUGAAUUGGAACCACCUUUCGAUGUGACAUUGCCAUCGUUUCUGUAUGUGCCAGCACUUCUAAGUUCAAGGUCGAAUCAGCCAAAACUGUUCUGUCUUAUGUAAAAAAAACCACACAUACAUAAGACAGAACAGUCCUCUGUUAUUCAAUAUGAAAUAUUAUUCAUAUUAUUAAUAUAUUAUUAAUAUAAUGAUUUCAUAUUGUAUCAUGUUUUGUCUCUGAAUAUGUGCAAAAUAAUACAAUACAUGGAAUCAAAUGUUUGAUCUGUGAGAAUCCAUUGGUUGUUUUUGGGGACAUCAGUAGUCGCUUUUCCAUUGGACAUCUGCGCAAAACUUUACCGAUAUUUAUUAAAUGUC